AUGGGUAUUAAAGAUAAGUUAAAGAGAACAUCGAGAAUUUUUAUCAACGAUUCUUACGCCAGAGAUGAUUCCAAGAACGUCACUGGCCAUGAAACAACAGCCACAGGUGCAGGGGAACCAGAAGUCAAGAAGACCGAAGAGCCAUUAGAAACUGGUGCUACCGAACAAGAAGGCGUUAUCGGUGAAGGUAACGAGCCAGUUUCUCAAGAAGCCAUCGCACAAACCGAUGCCUCCGAGGGUCAAUUACCUACCCAAGACGUUUCGGCCGUCCCAGACACUGAACUUGCCAAUGCUACCGAAGCAGCUCCAGCUACUGAAACAGUUAACCAAGCCGAAGCAGUUAACCAAGCCGAAGCAGUUCCAGAACCUGCAUUCGCAGAAAGUGAAGCAAACCCAGAACCUGUAGUUGCAGGAUCUGAAGCAGUUCCAGAAACUGCAGUUCAAGAAACUAACCCACAAACUGAAGCUGCUCCACAAGCAGCUGAGCCAGUACCAGAAGCCGCACCAGCUGUGUCAGCUGGUGAAGAGAAAAUCACCGCAGACUCUCCAGUAGGACUCCAAGAAGCCGUCAACGACGACGCAGGCCUCACAGGUGCCGAAGGUGCUGAAGGUGCGGAAGGUGCUAAAGACACCACCAGACCAGACUUGGCCUCGCAGGGCGAAACCGCCAAAGCCGAUGUCCAAAAGGCCUCCAAGAAUGUGAACAGCGAAGUGAAGAAAGAUGCUUUCUUCAAGAGAUUUUUGGGAAAAUUCAAGAAGUCUUCUGCCGCAAAAUAA